UUGUCAGUGAAACAUUCCGGGUCGUGAUCUACUCUUAAAAAAAAACUUUUUUACAAGUAAAUUCACGAAAAAAAUCAUUAUCAAUUAAAAUGACGGAUUAUGAAAACAAUGAAGAAAUCAAAAUCUUCCGUGAAUAUUUACGAAUUCCAACUGUGCAUCCAAACAUCGAUUAUGAACCAUGCAUAAAAUUCCUCAAAAAGAUCGCAGAAGACUUGGGAUUGACGACACAGACAUUCCAUCCAGUGUCAGAAAAAUUUCCGAUUUUGGUUAUGACUUGGCAAGGUUCACAACCCGAACUGCCAGCUAUUCUCUUGAACUCGCACACGGAUGUUGUUCCAGUUUUUGAGGAACAUUGGACUCGCCCACCGUUCGGUGCGGAAAUGGACGAAGAAGGAAAUAUUUAUGCUCGUGGAGCGCAAGACAUGAAAUGCGUUGGUAUGCAGUACUUGAGUGCUUUAAAAGCUUUGAAAGCGUCUGGAUUUGUUCCAAAACGAACGAUCCAUUUGAGUUAUGUGCCUGAAGAAGAAACCGGAGGAAUUGGUGGAAUGAAAGAAUUUGUCGACACCGAAGAGUUUCGGUCAUUGAAAAUUGGAUUUUCCUUAGAUGAAGGAAUUGCAUCGCCUGAUGAAACAUAUCCAGUGUUUUAUGCCGAAAGAGCGAUUUGGCACGUUUGGUUCAAAGUUAAUGGUUCUCCUGGACAUGGCUCACUGUUGCUCGAAAAUACCGCUGGCGAAAAGGCUCGUAAAUUGAUUGAUCGCAUGGAUGACUAUCGCAAAACGCAAGUUGAGAAGUUAAAGGCUAACAGCCAUCUUGUAACGGCUGACGUUACUACCGUUAAUCUCACAAUUCUCCAAGGUGGGGUUCAAAGUAACGUCAUUCCUCCACAAUUCACGGUCGUUUUUGACAUUCGUUUGGCCAUCGAUGUCAAUCAUGCUCAAUUUGAAGCCAUGUUGAACAAAUGGUGCGAAGAAGCUGGCGGAAAUAUCGACAUUGAGUUUGAACAAAAGGAAGAUUUUGUUGAGCCAACUUCCUUAGAUAACUCAAAUGUCUAUUGGAAUGCCUUUAAAUCAGCAAUCGAUGAAUUGGGUCUUUCUAUCAAAACUCAAGUGUUCCCUGGUGGCACCGAUAGUCGUUUCAUUCGUGCAAAAUCCGUUCCUGCCAUUGGAUUCUCGCCGAUGAAUCAUACGCCCGUUUUGUUGCAUGAUCACAAUGAAUUUAUCAAAGCUGAAACCUAUUUAAAAGGCAUUGAAAUUUACAAGAAAAUCAUUCCAAAGUUGGCCUCAGCCUAGAAAUGAAUAAUAAGUCUACCAGAAAUUACUCAAAAAUACGCCAAAUAAAAAAAAAUAAACCAAAGUGCAGACUUUUUCAACACAUAUCUCUCGAAUAGUCAUGUUAAAAAAAAAACUAGCUUGAUUUAGUCUGUAUUUACUUUAGUUAAUUGGAUUUCGUUUAUCCCUUUUAAAUAAAUUAUUUUCACAUAUUCAAAUAAACUACACCGACGAGCACUAACAAAGGGGUUAACCAAACGAUACUGCUCUAUGAAUGGUGGACAAGCCUGCAAGUAGUAUGAGUGUCGUUCAUAUAGAAAGAAACUCAAAUAAACGCAAAUCGUGAGAGAAUCAAUUAAAUAACUUGGCAUUUGAAAAAAAUAGCAAAAUAACCUAGGAGGAAAAAAUAUUGAAAAAAAUGAAUAAAAAUAAAACGGCAAAUUG